CGCCGUUCGACGGCAGCGGGGGCACAUCUGGGCGUGCACAUCUGGGCAUGCAACAUCGGACCCCGCCACCUUCCUCCUCCGUCCUCCAGCCGGCCAAGCGGAUCCCUCCGGGGCGUGGGGAGAGUCCUGCUCGCCAGCCCCAGUGUCCGUCAUUCGGACUGAAUAUUAUUAAAAACUGGCAGCACGGGAGGUGGGGUGGGGUGGAAAUAAAGGCUGUAUUUUUUUUCCCCUGGGAUUUAUUCCAUGGGGAUGUGUUCAAGACAAGAGAGGAUUCAGAAGGAUAUUGACGUUGUGAUCCAAAAGUGCAAGGCGGAGAAGGACUGCCUGUUUGCAGAUUUCAGGUAUUCAGACUCUACCUUUACCUUCACCUAUAUUGGAGGCUCCAAAAGUGUAUCCUAUUCAGUGCAUGUCUCUGAGGAUUACCCAGAUAACACUUAUGUUUCCAGUUCUGAUAAUGAUGAAGAUGUAUUAGUUACAACAGAUCCCAUUCCAGUGAUUUUCCACCAAAUUGCUACAGAAUUAAGAAAAACCAGUGAUGUCAACUAUUGCUUAUCCAUUAAAUCAAAAUUACAAAGAGAGAAUGGAGAGGAGUCACGGCACAACAGCACAGUUGAAGAAGACUCUGAAGGGGAUAAUGAUUCUGAAGAAUUUUAUUAUGGAGGACAGGUUAGCUAUGAUGGAGAACUUCACAAGCACCCACAGCUGGAGGCUGAUUUGAUAGCAGUGAGAGAGAUCUAUGGACCUAAUGCAGUAUCUCUCAGGGAAUAUGGAGCCAUUGAUGAUGUAGAUAUUGAUCUGCAUAUUGAUGUUAGCUUUCUUGAUGAAGAGAUUGCUGUGGCUUGGGAUGUAAUUCGUACAGAGCCUAUAAUAGUGCGAUUGCACUGUUCACUUACACAGUACUUAAAUGGUCCAGUGCCAACUGUGGAUGUAUUUCAGAUCUCUACAAAGGAAAGAUUUGGGCUGGGACAUCAACUGAAAAAAAUUAUGCAGACAUUUGUUACACAACAGUGGAAGAACUGCAAAGAGAAAUCUAAUUGUACGCACAAUAAGAAGGUGUCUGACAAAAAGGUGAAAUCUCCUCUGCACAUCUUUUCUACACUGCGCAGGUCGCCAAGUUAUCCUCCACCUGGCUGUGGUAAGAACAAAUCAAAACUAAAGUCAGAACACGAUGGCAUCUCCAAAACGCAGAAGCUACUGAGAAGGACUUGCUCUAGCACAGUGAAGACAGAGGAUAUGUGUGCCCCAAAAUCUCACAGAACCUUUGGCCGCUCAUUGUCGAGUGACCCUAGGGCUGAACAGACAAUGGCUGUUAAGUCGCACAAACUGUUGAACCGUUCUUGCUCUGCAGCUGUCAAGCAGGAGGAGAGCAUCACUUUAAAGCCCCAUAAGCUGUUAAGCAGGUCGUGCUCUGGGGAUCCUCGAUGUGAGCACAGCACCUUGAAGCCCCACAAACUUUUAAGCAGGUCCUACUCCAGUAAUCUUAGAAUGGAAGAGUUGGAUGGAUUGAAGAAUCACAAGUUACUCAGCAAGGCUUACUCCAAUGCCCCUAAGUCAUCUAAAAUGGAGCCUUUCAAGGAGUCCACCAUAGCAGAGAGCAGGAGGCUCUCUCUUACCUCAGGGCUUAUUGGUAUCUUAACACCAUCUUCAUCAUCACCUUCACAAGCUGCUCAAAAUUAUGGUGCAAAAUGCAUUCCGGUGCGAGAUCGUGGCUUUCUUGUGCAGACUAUUGAAUUUGCUGAGCAGCGGAUACCAGUAUUGAAUGAAUACUGCGUAGUCUGUGACGAGCCCCACGUGUUCCAGAAUGGCCCUAUGCUGCGGCCCACUGUUUGUGAACGGGAGCUCUGUGUAUUCGCGUUCCAAACACUAGGAGUGAUGAAUGAAGCUGCUGAUGAAAUUGCAACUGGGGCUCAGGUGGUUGACCUGUUAGUAUCCAUGUGUCGUUCUGCAUUAGAGUCACCUAGGAAAGUUGUCAUUUUUGAGCCAUAUCCUUCUGUAGUUGAUCCUAAUGAUCCUCAGAUGCUGGCCUUUAACCCCAGGAAGAAGAAUUAUGACCGAGUCAUGAAAGCACUGGACAGUAUCACUUCUAUUAGAGAGAUGACACAGGCACCUUACUUGGAAAUAAAGAAGCAGAUGGAUAAACAAGACCCUCUUGCACAUCCUCUUCUACAAUGGGUUAUUUCUAGUAAUAGAUCACAUAUUGUGAAGCUACCAGUGAAUAGGCAACUGAAGUUUAUGCACACUCCCCACCAGUUCCUGCUUCUCAGCAGUCCACCAGCCAAAGAAUCCAAUUUCCGAGCUGCUAAAAAUCUCUAUGGAAGUACCUUUGCUUUUCAUGGUUCACACAUUGAAAAUUGGCAUUCCAUCCUGAGAAACGGCUUAGUUGUUGCUUCAAAUACGAGGCUGCAGCUCCAUGGUGCAAUGUUUGGAAGUGGAAUCUACCUUAGUCCAUUGUCAAGCAUAUCAUUUGGUUACUCAGGGAUGAACAAGAAGCAGCAGAAGGUGUCAGCUAAAGAUGAACCAGCUUCAGGCAGUAAGGGCAGUAAUACAUCACAGUCACAGAAGAAAGGACAACAGUCACAGUUUUUGCAAAGCCGUAACUUAAAAUGCAUAGCCUUAUGUGAAGUGAUAACCUCAUCUGAUCUGCACAAACAUGGAGAGAUAUGGGUAGUUCCAAAUACAGAUCACGUGUGUACAAGAUUUUUCUUUGUUUAUGAAGAUGGUCAAGUGGGUGAUACAAGUAUAAAUACACAGGAACCAAGUAUUCAUAAAGAGAUUCUUCGAGUCAUUGGCAAUCAAACUGCUACUGGUUAGAAGGACCACUCUUAUUUAAUUGAUGUAAUUUGGCAGCCUUCCUCAGUUUCAAAGCUGGAUUUUGAACUGAAGAAGAUGCAAAAAUUUAAUUUAUUAUUAUUAUGAUU